CAAGUUUAGGCAAUAGAUAAACGUUCCAUUGCUACCUUACCUAUCUACCUUGGUAUCUAUCUCCAUACCUGCUAGGUACGCAUCAAGCCGAUACUUAAACAAGUUCAAGAAUUCAACGUCACCGAUUUUUGGGAGGUCUUAUCAGCCCCGCUCACCAAGGUUACAUGACCCUCCAAGCAUCGUUCUGCCGGGGUAGCUUGAGAGCAAGAUGAUUCGCUCAAUCUCUAAGAUGGCGAGGACCAGGGAGUCAGAUCUCUCUGCAUGGCUAUGUCGUAGAUGGGAAUCGUGGAAAUAUAUUAUAUAAUAGGUAACAUGUCCGCCACUCUGAGGACAUGGAAAUAUAAUUCGACCUGCUCUAUAUCAUGUCUCUGUUGGCUCUCAAUCCGCGUUCCUAAAGAUAUAGUCGAUGAUACAAUUUAACCGGUAUAAUGAUGAUUGGUCUAUAUUUUGCAAAUUUAGCUAUAAUACUUCAUGCCGUUCUCGUGGCCUCAAGGAUAGUGGGAAUACCUGUCGUUCCCUUUACCACGUCUGAUAGUGGAACUUACUCAAUCAAAUCCCUCAAAUCAGUGGUGGUGGACUCAAAAUAUGCCGAAAGUCGUGAUGAGGCUGGCGAGACUCUGAUUCCGCCAACUUUACAAGAUUUCGCCAAAACCUUCGUGGGCGACUUACAGAGCACAUUGAACCUCAAGAUUGAUACCUCCCUUGCAGAGGAGCCUAGACCAGAUUCCAUCUUCCUCACAUUGGGAGAUCCUAGCAAGUACACAGAUGUCAGCGGUGCUCAGACCUCUGAAGGCUAUUCGCUCUCCGUCAACGCUUCAGGAAUUGUCAUAUCUGGAGCUAGUCCUUUGGGCGUAUGGUGGGGUACGCGGACUGUCUUACAACAAGCGAUUCUCUCAAAUGGAUCUUUAGAAUAUGGAGAAGCAGAUGAUGCUCCGGGGUGGGGAAUUCGAGGUAUGAUGCUCGACGCCGGUCGGCAUUACUACCCUCCAGAGUUUAUUAUUGAAUUGUGUUCUUAUAUGAGCUUUUUCAAACAGAACACCUUUCACUUACAUCUCAGUGAUAAUCUGUACAACAAUGUCGCCAUUUACUCAAGGGAACGGUCUUUGGACUUAUACGCUCGAUUCCGCCUAUGGUCUGAUUCCAAGGAUCUUGCUGGCUUGAACAAAUAUAAGAACGAGUCCUACACAAGGGAACAGUUUGAGGAGAUCCAAUCAACUUGCGCUUCCCGAGGAGUAACCAUCAUCCCGGAAAUCGAAGCUCCAGGACACGCAUUAGUCAUAGUUCAAUGGAAACCGGAGCUGGCACUUAGCAACGACUUGUCCUUGUUGAACAUUUCACAUCCCGAGACAAUCCCUACGAUGAAAACGAUAUGGAGUACUUUCCUUGACUGGUUUCAUUCGAAAACCGUUCACAUUGGCGCGGAUGAAUACACCGGCGACCCUAACGAGUACAAUCGAUUCGUCAAUGAAAUGGCUAGUUAUAUAUGUGGAGAAUCUGGAAAAUCUACUCGCAUCUGGGGCACUUUCCCACCUAAACCGGAGUAUACUAAUGUUUAUGAAAACGUCUCGAUACAGCACUGGGAGUUCUUCGAGGACGACCCUUAUCACGACUACAUCUUGAAUAACUACUCCGUUUUAAAUUCCGACGAUACUUUUUACGUCGUUAAUAAGUGGUCCGGAAGCUAUCCGCAAGUUAUCAACGUUGCCAGAACAUUCAACGGAAAUCCAGCUACGGGUGGAAUCUGGCAACCUUACAUCUUCGAUGUAAACGUGGCUGCUAACAAUCCGGAGAAAUCCAACCCUCUGGUCCUCGGAGAAGUCGCAGCGUUGUGGAACGACUACGGCGCGAACGCAACCGUAUACUCCGAAGCCUAUUACGCUUGGAAAGACGGCAUCCCAGCAUUGGCCGACAAGCAAUGGGGAGGGGACCUCUCAGAGCCGGAGUUCACCUCGGCGUUUUCGACUCUGCUCCCAUUCGUACCAGCGCAGAACCUAGAACGCACGAUCCCAUCCGCCAGCUCGACAAUCUUCAACUACAACUCUAGCUCUAGGGCCGACAAGCAAUCCUUCACAGCCAUAGGCCCGUGGAAGGAAACAGCCCUCCUCGACCAGUCCGGCAACGGCUACCACGCCUCGACCGACUGCGCCGUCACCUCGGCGUCCACCCUGAACAUCAGCGCCCCUUGCUCGCUCAAAACCCCGCUCUCCUCCAAGGGCCGCGACUACACACUUUCGCUGCGCCUGCUCAUCGCCGAGCUCGACGCGGGCAAAGACGCGACCCUCGUGUCCGGCACGGACUCCGCGCUCAUGCUGACCCCGAACCUGACGCUGUUUGCGUCUGGCAACUACUACCGGCUGAACUCGACCGUGCCCGCCGGGUCCUGGGUCGACCUGAGCAUCAUCGGGCGCGGGAACCGCACCUUCGCCAGCGUGCAGGAGGUAGGCGGCACAACGGCGGCGGAGGAAGAGGAGUUCUUGGCUAUCCUGGGCAUCAACGGAGCUUCGUUCGUGUGGGCGCCCAUCGCUGUCGAGGCCCCGAUCGCGCAGGUCGGCGGCGAGAACUCGGGAUGGGCGGGGCAGCUCGCGGCGAUGAGUUUGAGUUCUGAGGCUUGAUGGACGGAGUACUGUGGGAUGUACCUAGUUCAUGUACGUCGUAUAUAGUUUUAGCUAUACAAAGCCUCCGUAGAUGGAUGUCUGGAGGUAAUUAAGAGUAUUCAUCACAUGUAGUACGAGUGUCAAUUCCAUGAGAAAAGAGAGCUUUACGGC